AUCAACCCGCGGCGGCUUCCAGUAUCUCCGUGUCGGCUGGCCAGAGAGCACAGAAGGGAUUGAGUUCCUGAAACUUUGCACCUAAAACACGCACCGGUAUGCUGCUGCGAGGGGGCGUUUGCGUGGUACUUUUCUCUCUUUUGAACGCACCUUUUGCGCCGGCCUUCAACCUGGACACCAACCAUGUGAUCAGGAAAGGCGGAGAGCCCGGCAGUCUGUUCGGAUUCUCUCUCGCUAUGCACCGGCAACUCAACCCGGACAAACGAAUGUUGUUGAUUGGUGCCCCCCGAGCCAGAGCUUUGGGGAAACAAAAUGCCAACGUCACUGGAGGACUUUAUAAAUGUGACAUGAACUUGUCUCCUGAUUGUGAGCGUGUUUUAUUUGACAGCGAAGAGGAUAUCCAAGUUGAGAACAAGGAGAACCAGUGGAUGGGGGUCACGGUACAGAGUCAAGGACCUGGGGGAAAGAUUGUGACGUGCGCUCACCGCUACCAAAGGCGCAUGUUUGUGAACACGCCCCAGGAGGCCCGUGACAUCACCGGCCGCUGCUACGUCCUGAGCCAAGACCUGACCAUCGACGAGUCGUCGGACGAGGACGGCGGCAACUGGAACUUCUGCGAUGGCAGGGCCAGAGGACACGAGAUGUUCGGGUCGUGUCAGCAGGGUCUCGCCGCCACUUUCACCAAGGACUACCAUUACCUGGUGUUCGGAGCGCCUGGAGCGUACAACUGGAAAGGCAUCGUACGGGUGGAGCAAAAAAACAACACCCUGUUGGAGAUGGGCGUGUAUGACGACGGGCCUUAUGAAGUGGGCGAUGAGCUGGUCUUGAACCCGGAGCUCGUACCUGUACCUGCCAAUAGCUACCUCGGAUUCUCUCUGGACUCUGGACACAGCAUCACCAGGAGGCGUGGCUUAACGGUGGUGGCUGGCGCGCCCAGAGCCAAUCACAGCGGAGCCGUGCUGCUGCUGAGGAAAGAGAAACAAGGCUCGAACCGACUUGCGGUGGACCACACCCUGCUCGGCCCGGGGCUGGCGUCCUCUUUUGGAUACGAUGUGGCCGUAGCAGACCUAAAUGGGGACGGAUGGCAGGACAUAGUCGUGGGAGCGCCCCAGUUCUACAUGAAGGACAAAGACGUCGGAGGGGCCGCUUACGUUUACAUCAACCAGGCGGGACGAUGGCCAGGCGGCGCUCCCGUCCGUCUCAAUGGGACGAGAGACUCCAUGUUUGGUCUGGCGGUGGAGAACAUUGGAGACGUCAAUCAAGACUCUUAUCAAGAUAUCGCCAUCGGAGCACCUUAUGAUGACGGCGGUGCCGGAAUGGUCUACAUUUAUCAUGGCUCUGCACGGGGAAUAAGCACACGCCCGGCUCAGAUUAUUUCCGGCAAAGAUUACAACAUCCGACUGUUUGGCUAUUCUCUGGCAGGGAACAUGGACCUGGACGGCAAUUCUUAUCCGGACCUUGCCGUGGGCUCUCUGUCAGACUCGGCACUCAUUUACAGGGCAAGACCAGUCAUUAGUAUCCACCAAAAGGUCAAAAUCUCCCCACGGGAAAUUGACCUGACCAUAAAGAACUGUGGAAACAACAUCUGCUUCACUGUGGAUUCUUGCUUCAGCUACAAGGCAAACCCCGCAUCUUACAAUCCAAGAAUAACUCUCGGAUAUUCUGUGGAGGCGGACGGAAUGCGCCGGAAACAAGGGUUGGUCUCCAGAGUCGUGUUUUUGAACAAAUCCGACUCGGAAACAGAACACCAGUUUAACGGCACCGUGGACCUCCGAGGACAAAAGCAGGAAACGUGCAUUAAGAUAAAAGCCAAGUUGAAGGACAAUAUUAAGGAUAAGAUGCGAAGCAUUCCCAUCGAGGUGUCUGCACAUAUAGUUGGUACCAAGCGACAAAAGGCAAAGAGCGGCCUCCCGCCGCUGAUGCCAAUUUUGGACUCUUCUCAGUCUAACAAAGAAACCGUUGAGGUGAAUUUUGUAAAGGAAGGAUGCGGAAGUGAUCAUGUUUGUCGCAGUAACCUGAUGAUGGACUACAAAUUGCUGUACAAGCAAAGCAAUCAAGACAUUUACUCGCCUUUGCCCACAAGGGACAACGUGUCUGUGUUUCAUCUGACGUACGAGAGGAAGGACUUGGCUUUGCGGCUGACCGUCAGCAACAUGAACGGUGAUGACGCCUAUGAAGCCAAGCUGAUGGGCUCGUUCCCCGACACGCUGUCGUAUUCGGGUGUCCGCUCACAUCGCACCACGAUGGACAAGCAAAUCAUAUGCGUCGCGAAUCAAAACGGCUCUGAGGCCGACUGCGAGGUCGGCAACCCAUUUAAGCGGGGAUCCCAGGUGACAUUUUACAUCAUCCUGAGCACCGCGGCGAUGACACUGGAGACCGCAGAGAUUGAUAUCGACCUGCAGCUCCAAACAACCAGCGUACAAAAUUUGGCCCAAGUGAGAGUCAAAGCCAAAGUGAUGAUUGAAUUGCCCUUGUCGGUGACUGGGGAGGCCCAUCCUCAUCGGGUUUCGUUUGGCGGAGUUGUGAGGGGAGAGAGCGCCAUGAAGACCGAAGAGGAGAUUGGCAGUUUGGUCAAUUACACAUUCAGAAUCAACAACUUGUGGGACGCUUCCAUCAAAUCGUCGCUGCACAUCCAGUGGCCCAAAUCCAACAACAAUGGCAAAUGGCUUUUGUACCUGGUGAAAGUGAACGCUAACGAAGGCCCGCGCGAUGUCAUUUGCACACCAGAGUUUGAGAUCAAUCCUUUAAAACACAUCCAGGAGAGUUCUGCGUUCAGGACAAAGCGGGAAAUUUCACCGAAAAAAACAAGAGGAAAGAAUUGCUCGCUGUCAGACAAAAAUAGGAGUUUGGCAUGUGGGAAAGAUUUGCAGUGUGUGCUGCUUAAGUGCCCCCUGCAGGGACUCGACGGGUCGACAGUGAAACUCAGAGCUCGUCUGUGGAACUCAACCUUUCUGGAGGAUUACACUUCGCUUUCGUCCCUGGACAUCAUUGUGAGGGCUUCGCUGGUGCUCCACACUCAGUCCACAAACAUGAUCCUGCAAACUCCUGACACUGACGUGAAGCUUACAGUGUUCCCUGAGAGUGCGGUAGCCCAGUAUGGUGGCGUCCCCUGGUGGAUCAUCAUCGUAGCUGUUCUGGCAGGGAUCUUGAUUUUGGCAUUGUUGGUCUGUCUGCUGUGGAAGGUGAGUGGAAAGCAUUCAGUCAAAGAAGGAAAAAAGGAAAAAGGAGCUGAGACGGGGAUGCACUGCCCAAUGAAAAGCAUGUACAGUAAGAUUUCUGUAGGCAUAAAAAGCAGGAUUACAGUGGAUGGCAUUCAACCACACCGGUCAACAGUAAACUUUAAUCAGAGAUGGCUUUAGGUGUCCCUGAACGUAUUGUUAACGCUGAUUUUUAAAAUUUGUUUUCAAGUUGGCCUAUAAAAGUUUGCACAACAUUUGACCAUAAAAAAAAUUCCACCUGUUGCUGAACUGAACCCAUUCAUCCAUCCAUUUUCUCCCUCUUAUCCAGGGUCGAGUCGUGGGAUGAACCUAACCCUUAAUUCAUAAAUAUUACUACAUUACAUAUUAUUUUGAAAACCUGGGAAAAAAAGUGAAAAUGUGGAAUUGGCACGAUAAAUUAAUUCAGAAAAGUUUACUUGCAUAUCUGAUGUAAUUUUAUUAUUAUUAUUUUUUUUUUUAUAAAAAUGUGUUCACCAGUGUAGUUUCAACAAAAACUAAAGUGUUGCUUUUGACUUCCUGUUGUUCUUUCAAAUGUGCAGAUUCAUCUAGUGGUCAAUAUUGGAAUUACAUCCUAAAUUGACAACAGUUCUACCAAAAUUCAUCCCAAAAAAUAAAAAAAGUGGAAGCGUGAACCGUGAAACAGUGACGGAUUGGGCUUUGCUGUGUUGUCAAUUUUUUUUAAGUUGUUCUUUUGAUCUAAAACACAAAGAACACUUUGUAUUUGGUUCCCAGAUAACAACAAACAAACAAAAUCAACAAAAUGCUGAGACUCAUGCUUUGCAUUGGACAGUCUCUUUUUUUUCAUACCGGGUGAAUAUUUAUUUUACUCGAGGUACUUUUGUGAUUGUUUAUUGAUCACCCUUGCUCCCCCCACCCCCGCCUUUCCUUCAGUGUGGUUUCUUCAAGAGAGCGUCCAAAGACCAGUAUGAUGCGGCCUAUCACAAGGCUGAGAUCCAUGUUCAGCCUUCUGACAAAGACAAGCUCUCUGCUGAGGCCUGAUUUUAAGCUCUGAACAGGUUCAAAACCAAGCAAAAAAUACCCCCCCAUAAAUAAAU